AUGAUCCGGUUCCGGAGCUCCAGCAUCAGGUCGCUGAGCGCGGAGAUGAAAUGCACCGUGCGGCUGCUGGACGACUCCGAGAUCUCCUGCCACAUCCAGAGGGAAACUAAAGGUCAGUUUCUCAUAGAUCACAUCUGCAACUAUUACAGCUUGCUGGAAAAAGACUAUUUUGGCAUUCGAUACGUUGACCCUGAGAAGCAGAGGCACUGGCUUGAGCCCAACAAGUCCAUCUUCAAGCAAAUGAAAUCUCAUCCACCAUAUACCAUGUGCUUUAGAGUGAAAUUCUACCCACAUGAACCCUUGAAGAUUAAAGAAGAGCUCACCAGAUAUCUCUUAUAUCUACAAAUAAAAAGGGACAUUUUCCAUGGCCGUUUGCUGUGUUCUUUUUCUGAUGCUGCCUACCUGGGUGCCUGUAUUGUCCAAGCUGAGCUUGGUGAUUAUGAUCCUGAUGAACACCCAGAGAAUUACAUCAGUGACUUCAAGAUUUUUCCCAAGCAGUCACAAAAGCUCGAGAAGAAAAUAGCUGAAAUGCAUAAAAAUGAAUUCAGAGGUCAGAGCCCAGCUGUUGCUGAAUUUAACUUGCUCCUGAAAGCAUAUUCUCUGGAAACUUAUGGUGUUGAUCCUCAUCCUUGCAAGGACUCAACGGGGAUGACUACAUUUUUAGGAUUCACAGCUGCAGGAUUUGUAGUUUUCCAGGGGAAUAAAAGAAUUCAUUUGUUAAAAUGGUGUGAUGUCUAUAAACUGAAAUUUGAAGGGAAGACUUUUUAUGUGUUUGGAGCUCAGAAAGAGAAAAAGGCUGUGCUGUCAUUCCAUACCUCUACUCCAGCAGCUUGCAAGCAUCUUUGGAAAUGUGGGGUGGAGAACCAGGCUUUUUACAAGUAUGCAAAAUCCAGUCAGAUCAAGACCAUGUCCAGCAGCAAGAUAUUUUUUAAAGGCAGUAGAUUUCGGUAUAGUGGAAAAGUAGCCAAAGAGGUUGUGGAGGCAAGCUCUAAAAUCCAGAGGGACCCUCCUGAAGUUCACAGAACCAGCAUUACCCAGAGUCGCAGCUCUCCCUCCUUGAACAAGCAACUCAUUAUCAACAUGGAACCUCUACAGCCCCUCCUUCCUUCUCCUUGUGAGGAGGAAGAGUUUCCUUUAGAUGAAGGUGUCCAACUGCCAAAGGAAGAUGAGGUUUCAGUACCUGUGACUUCAAGCUCCCCAGUUAAGGAUACUGGGGAGACUACUGAUCUUGCCAUUGAACAGGAAGAGAAGAUGAAAGAGGAACCUUUAACCAUCUCAGAACUAGUGUACAAUCCUAGUGCCAGCUUGCUGCCUACCCCUGUUGAUGAUGAGAUUGACAUGCUCUUUGAUACCUGUCCAAGAGUAGAGAAUGAGAAAGAUGAUACAGAUUCAUUUGAGGAACUGGAAGCAGAUGAAAAUGCAUUUUUGAUUGCAGAGGAGGAGGAACUGAAAGAAGCUCGGAGAGCGCUUAGGUGGAGCUAUGACUUUCUAAUGGGCAACAUAGAGGUGAAUGCCUUUGUGAAGAGUUUCUCCAGACUUCUUCUUGUAGGCCUUGGACUGUUGUUGUUCGUGUUCCCUCUUCUCCUUGUUCUCUUGGAGUCGGACCUUCAAAUCUCUUUUCUUCAUGAAAUCCGUCAGACGCCGGAGUUUCAGCAGUUUCACAUUGAAUAUUACUGCCCCCUUAGGCAGUGGGUGGCUUGCAAAAUAAACUUCAUUCGUGACAUGCUGGGCAGCUUUUAAAUUUUAAAUAAAUAUGAUACAACUAAGGGCUAUAUUCAAAAUUUCAGUUAGCGCCAGCUUUCCAUAAUGCCCCUGGGGCGAUCAGUCAGUAGCUGUCUUCAUAUCCAGUUCAUUACAGACUCUUCAGGUUCUUAAGUUCCUUUACAUACUUAAAUUGCCCCUUUAGUUACAGGCUUAUACAGUCACCUUUCAAUAACCAAAAAGAAGCUUUAUUUUAAUUGCAUUUCAGACUUCCUGCUCAUCUAUUACGUCAUAUAAGACAGAGUCACAAUAAGUUUCAUUGUCCUUAACCUUUCAAUCCAUGACACUAAAUCCAAUGAAACAGAAAGAAAAACUUUUUUGAAUAUACUCCUUAGUGCAGCAAUCUCUUCUAACCAAUGCCUAUACAAGCAAUGUUUAUGCUGGGUUUUUGUUUUUGGUUUGUUUUUCUGUUUGUUUGGUUUUUUACAUUUUUAUGUGUUUAAAAUAUUUUGGAAAAUUUUUAGCAAAAGACAACUUCUGAUAUUAUUUAAAUGUACAAAUUGGUAAGAAUAAUGCACAAGGGCAUGUAGGGUGUUUUUAGUGUUUUAGCAAUGAUUUGUUUUUAAACUACUGGCUGGAGAAUGAAUGAGUUUAAUAUAGCUCUAUACAGAGGGACUGUGGUUUGGAAAAUAUAUAGAAAGUUCAUUCAAGUUCAGCAGAGGCUGCCUGGGGAAGGUGAAAGGACACCAAAUACAGGGAAGAAUUUCUGAAAGGCACAGUUGUAAAGCUUGGGGAAGUGAGCAGAACUGAAAGUAAUGAUCCUUCCUCUUACCUGUCAGGUUGUCUUACACUUUAUCAGUGCUGUAGAAAGUCUCUACAAGAUAGUCCAAGUACGUUUUGGAAAAGCGUGAAUCUUCAGUCUAAGUGUAGAUUAUUGUAUAUAACAUGGAAGAAGAUAAUAA